UAGAACAAAUUUCGUCCUUUACUUUUGUGACAUGAACUACUGGUUAAGCUACAUUUCUGAGCAUGUCUCUUUAAUAGUAAUUUGUCCUUAUAUAGUAUAAUAUAGAAUGGGAUGUUUUAGUCGGUGCUUGUCGUUGGUGUUACGUGAUGACUGCUGUCAAGGGAGCCGACACUUAAAAAAGAAGCAGUUAAUCUAGCCGACACACGGAUUUUACGUGCGCCAUUACACUAGUCAUUACGAUGUCGUGGUUCGAGAGAGCCUUUCAAAAUAAAGGCGCACCUCCAGUACGUGUCUGAAACAAGCUGAUGGACGUCGUUCAAAGCUUGGGUUUAUGUUUCAUUCACUUUUAAGAGAAAAUUGUGGUUUAAAAAACUUUAUUAUUAAAAAUACUUACAAUUAAAAGAAACAGAUUUGUCAUCCAUUAAUAGUAAAUUCUAAAAAUAUUCAGGUGAACUAAAUUAGCUUUUUAUUCAUAUUUUUUAUUUCAACACCUUUCCACCCCAUUCUAAAAGUAAAGUACUCUAGAAAAAGUUAUCUUGUACUACAUCCUUCACAUCCAUAUCUGAUAUGGCAUUUCAAAAUAAAAUGCAAUCAUAGUAGACAAAAUAGAAAAUUUUCACUCGACAAAAAGUCAUUUUUCUCCAUAUUCAAUGGCUAAUUUCUCAAAAACCCUCACGAGGGUGUACCCGUAUCCACAAAUGGCUCUGACUGCUAUCCCAUAGCUACGAGAACAGCCAAUAGCUAUAGCUACGAAUUGCCCGGACGGUCUCCUUUACGUUAAAGGUUUUGCGAUAGGUCAACACUUAACUGAGAAGCGUUGAUUUGGCAGUUUAAAGUGCAGUAGUUCAAAACUUUGUUCAUAUAUGACGUUUAAUUAACCCUCUCAGGCUCAAAAUAAGUUUUGAUAAAAGGAUGAACAACUAAGUCCUUCAGAGGAAUUUCUGAGUUAAAAAUACUGAUGAAAUACGUGUGUGGAGUAACCAGGUAGGUCGGUUUUAACGUUGCUAAUCUGCAACGCCUACCUCCAGAGGGUUAAUGUCUUUGGUGUACUUUGAACUUGUGCUCUGUCAUAUCUCCAUGGGUCCCCGGAAGAACGAAAACAUGAAUGCAAGUCAUUGGAGCUAAUCCCAUUUGUUAUGUGCCACGAAUCUCACAUAUGAUGUCCGUGAAUUUUAAAGAUGGGUUCUGAUGGUUAGAGUCCUGUUUAGAUCAGCCAAUGGAAUCGAGCAUUCAUGAGGUGGUCAAGUAUACACCCUCUCUUCUACCAGCAAAACAUUAUGAUACUGAGACCACCGAACCAGUCAGCUAUGGUCUUUGCACAAUGGAGGAGUUGUUGUCAUGGAGACGAAGCGUGGCAAACCCUUUCAAUGUGGCAUCAGUCUGUCUGGCACCUCGGGUGCCCAGUCUGGCCAGGUGUUCGCGUCGGACUUUGGUAUCUCAUGACAUGAUGGGCGGCUACCUGGAUGAUAGGUUUGUCCAGGGCACAAAUGUAGAAAAUCCGUAUACCUUCUACCACUGGCAGCACAUAGAUAUUUUCAACUACUUCACACAUCAGUUGGUGACUAUUCCUCCUGCUGUGUGGACCAAUGCCGCUCAUAAACAUGGAGUCAUUGUUCUUGGGACCUUUAUCACUGAAUGGACCGAAGGAGCUGCGAUGUGUGAGGCUUUCCUAAAAGAUGAGGAGUCUUACCGGGCAGUGGCCGAUAAGUUAGUCCAGAUCAGUCAAUACUACGGCUUCGACGGCUGGCUCAUUAAUAUAGAGAACAGCCUCAGUGAGGUGGCUGUGAAGAACGCUCCCUUGUUCCUUCGCUACCUGACCGAUCAGACGCACGAGCGUGUGUCUGGCAGCUUGAUUCUGUGGUAUGACAGUGUGACUGAGAGCGGAGAGCUCAAAUGGCAGAAUGAACUCAACCACUCCAACAGGAUGUUUUUUGAUGCUUGUGAUGGAUUCUUCACCAACUAUAACUGGACAGAGGCGAACCUGGAGUGGAUGAAGGACUUCUCAGGGGUCCAGGGCCGUCUGGCAGACAUCUACGUGGGGGUUGAUGUCUUUGCCAGAGGAAAGGUGGUUGGUGGGAUGUUUGAAACCAACAAGGCUCUGGAGAUCAUUCGCAAGCACAACUUCUCUGCAGCCAUCUUUGCUCCAGGCUGGGUGUAUGAGACCCACAGCGAUAAGAACGAAUUCCGCAGGAAUCAACACAAGUUCUGGGCUCUGCUGUUUGACUACCUGUACACCCACCAGGUAGCAUCACACCUCCCCUUCACCUCCUCCUUUUGCCAGGGCUUUGGGGAGGCCUUCUACUGGAGGGGACAGAUUGAGACAAAGAGGAGCUGGUUGAACCUGACAGCCCAGGAGAUCCAGCCCCUGUACAGCAGCUGGGAUACGGAGGCUCAGGGCAGGCUGACGAGCUGUGGCUGCCCCGAGGAACCCUGGAACGGAGGCAGCUCUCUGCUGCUGGCUGGACUCAUCCCUGCUGCUCUCAAGACUCCAGUGUGUGCCCCAAUGUUCUCCCUGCAUGUUCCUGUGGACUCCAGGAUCUUUGUAGCUCUGAUCUACAAAACAUCUUCAGGGAUCAAAGUGUCUCUGCAGAUAAAGACAGAAGACAGUGCCCACUCCUCUCACACUAAUGUACAGGAAGUCACAUUAGCCAGUGUUUCGUCGGAAGCUCUGAAGGAUGACCAGUUAGUGAGCCAGUUCUCCCAGAUGUGUGGAAACCCAGAUCCAGAUGGUUGGACCUUCAGGUGUUCUCAGCUGGAGCUUCAUGGCUGCAUUCUGACAGAAAUCAGUCUGCUCAUCCAGCGGGAUGGAGAGGACACUGGUCAGAACACUCCGUUCAGCUGCCAUGUUGGCGAGAUUGUGGUGCUGGAUGUGGCUAGUCUCCAGGUGCCCCCCUAUGCGGUCCAGGGUCUGUGCAUUGAUGACGUUGUUUGGAUGCGUGGUGCUGGUCCUUCACCAGAGACUGCGUCCCCCCUCCUGCGCCUCGGUGCUACUCUGCGCUGGGAGUACCCAGCUGAACUGGUUCACCACUUCAGAGUGUACCAGCGAUGGCUGAGAGGACCUGAUCCCAGAAUUCCUGCAGGUCAGCUACAGCUCGUGGGUCGCGCCUACUCCGGUCUGUUCAGGGUAACGGAACUGGUGGUGCCCGAGCCCCCCAGCCUGGUGGAGCUGGUGGUGGAGCCAAUUAUCUGGACGGGCCUUCCGAUCCCUGAAAGCCACUGGGGGAGGAGACAGCUCAGCUAUACGGAAGGCAUUCAACAGUAAUUUUCAACACACAUUGUCAGACUGAAAAACACCAAAUUGUUCCUCCUCACGUGUCAGUGGCUUCAAGUUUUACAGAUCAGAGGUGACCUGCGGCUGACUAGUCCGUGCGAACCGUUAGGUGUGAAAGUCACUAUUUAACUAUCACAGUAUCCACCAGCCAACCCAGGAAGUCUGUCAUGAUAACAUCUCUUGUGUCUUGAUGCUGCACAACUCCCUCUAAAUCAGUUUCCCCACACCCCCACACAGUGGACAGGAAGAUAAUAACCAGGAUGUUGCCUCAGUUGAGCUGAGUGGAUUGGACAGGAGGAGCAGCACAGAGCCGGCAUAGUUUUAGUGAAGAAUGAAGGAGCGUUGCCAACACGAUGAAAGCCGGAAGCACUCUCAAAAGAUGGACUGGUGGAUGAAGAUUUAACUUGUUUACUUCAAGCAUUUGCUAACUUCAUACAUUUGAUUUAGAUCAGAGAAAAUCCAUGUCUUGGUGAAACCAUUGUUAAAGCUGGUAAACACAAGUAUAUCAGAUCAUUUAAUAAAGGUGUUGAACACUCGUUUCAUCAGUACAGUUGCAGUGAACUCUAGUGGGAAUGAAAAUGAAUGCCCUGUAAGUCGUGCUUGUCCAGAAGCACCUGUUUCAACAGCUGGAGAAGAAAGUAGCUUCGAUGGCAGGAUUUGGAGUCUUAUUUCCUGCUAUUUGGACAUCUCAACCUCUGACUGGCUAACCGCAACUGGACUCUACCACUGACUCUGUUUGCUCUGGGACGUUGAUGUUUUAUCUCCACAAAAAACACAAGCCUGGAGGAGUUCUGCUGUGUGGCAGAGUUGCUAAUGCUAACAGUUAGCUUCUACUAGUAGAGACAUUCUCUGCUGUUUUCUGGACGCUUAACCAACAACAGCCUUCCCCGCUGUGAGUCAAGACGGAGUCCAUGAAUGUUGGUGACAGCGUGACGUAGAUCUGUCAGGAUUUUCUAAUCCUAGAGUUUCACCGUCUGUUUUCUGUCAGAGCAAAUGCAGGAGAUCGGUGUAGGAGACUAUUGUUAUGUAACUCAGAGUGACUGAUUAUAAUCAGAAAUAAUCAUUAAAAAUUGUUGCUCAGUGAA